AUGCCUAAACUUCGCACUAGGUUGUACAAGACCGAUCGGGCUCGGGAUUUCGAGCAUGAACAGGAUCGCCGCGUCCGCAUGCGACAAAUCUACGAGACUAUCGAUCGGCAAUCAUUUCAAUGGAUUGUUGUCCUUGUGGCUGGGGUUGGGUUCUUUCUGGACGGUUACACAUUGUUCGCAAGUAAUAUGGCCCUUCCGAUGAUCGCCUACGUCUACUGGAAAGAUGAAGUAUCCUCGAUGAGACAGACCUAUAUCAACAUCGCUACGCUGGGUGGGACGCUACUGGGACAGGUGAUGUUCGGGUAUCUAGCAGAUCGCAACGGGCGGAAAAAGAUGUACGGCGUGGAGCUGGUACUCAUGAUCAUUUCGACCCUGGGGGUGGUGAUGUCUUCCAAUGGCGAACACCAGAGCAUGGAUGUCUUCUCGUGGCUGAUCUGGUGGAGAAUCAUCGUUGGUGUUGGUGUGGGAGCUGACUACCCCCUCAGUGCUGUGAUCACAUCGGAAUUUGCACCUACGAAACAUCGCGCGCGCAUGCUAGCCACCGUCUUCUUUAUGCAACCUCUCGGCCAAAUCGCAGGUAACCUCGUCUCGCUGGUCGUCGUCGCAGUCAGCAAGAAGCAAGGAUUCGACGACCUCACCCGCACCGUGGAUAUCAUGUGGCGAUGGGUCAUCGGGAUCGGGGUGAUCCCCGGUGUCAUCGCAACACUCUUCCGAUUCGCUAUCCCCGAAAGUCCACGAUUCCUCCUCGAGGUCGAAGAUGACCCCGUGAAGGCCGAAUUCGACGCAACCACCCUCUUCAACGAGCCCUCGUCCACAUUCGCUUCCCCGUCCAUCCAAACAGAAGACAGCUGGAACCACCUCCCUCUCCCCGCUAUAUCCCUCACCAACCAGUCCAUCGACGAAGGCCGAUCUCCCUCACAGACCGAAUUCCUUCAACCCGCCACCCUCAACUCCCACUGGCGUCUCAGCCGCCGCGACAUCAUCCAAUAUUUCUGGACCGAGGGGAACUGGCGCACACUCGCCGGGACCUCUCUCUCCUGGCUUCUUCUCGAUUUUGGUUUCUACGGUAUCGGUCUAUCGAGUCCGCAGUUCCUCGCCAAAACAUGGGGUUCCCUGAACAUCACGGGACAAGUUCCCCCUUGGCAGACGGACGACUCUCCCGGUGCAAACCUAUACGACAUGUUCCUGAACAGUUCUACCCACGCCCUCGUCAUCCUCAACAGCGGCAGCUUUCUCGGUGGACUCGCUCUAAUCCUAAUCAUCCAUAAACUCGACCGAACCGGACUCCAGAAAUUCGGCUUCCUGGCUCUAGCCGCCCACUUCAUCGCCCUCGGCACCAUGUUCAUCACCGUCCACAAAGAAGGUCCCGUCGCGGUGGCAUUAUACAUUAUCGGCCAGGCACUUUUCAACUUUGGUAUGCACACCCCUCUCCCCCUCUAUCCCCUUCCAUUCUCCUCCCUCACCCCCACACUCCCUCGACUAACCAUAAACUCAAAAACCACAGGCCCCAACGCAACAACCUACAUCCUCCCCUCCGAGCUCUUCCCAACCCGCUACCGCGCAACCGCGCACGGGAUCAGCGCCGGAGCCGGAAAACUCGGCUCGAUCCUUGUCCAAAUCUUCUCAGCCUACUACAACUUCGGCACCGGAGUCGGCGACGAACCAACCAUCCGCCAUGGAUGGAUCCUUAUCGUCUUUUCCGCUUGCAUGGUUCUCGGCGCAGCAGUUACGCAUUUCUGGAUCCCUGCGGUGCAAGUCCGGAGGGGGGAUGGUGUGGGGGGUAGGGUACGGACGACCUCGGUGCGUGGCGGUACUGGGCGUAAGAGACGGGGACAGUUUUGGGGAGGCAAGACGGUUGAGUUGGAGGUUCUUGCCUUGGGGAGAAUGGGCGAGAGGAGUCUUUAUUCCGGGUGGUAUUUGGGGGGGUCCUCUGGGUCUGGUGGGAGUGCGGGUGCAUCGCCGUUUUUUGGUGGAGGGGGGGUAUAA